AUGUUGUGCCGUCUUCUACAGUUUUGUUUUGGAGGUGUACGUAUCGUUUUCCGCUAACACGGCUAACUGUGGUUAGCUUCACGCCGCUCUCCCCCGGCUGUUUUCGGGGUAAAAGUGCAGAAGUGAGACACGCACGGUCAUUGGUCUCUGCGGCUAACACAAAAUGGCUCCGCUGAGGUUCUGUGCGAAUAUUUCCUGGCUGUUCACGGAGCUUCCAGACUUCAGCCAGAGGAUAUACGCGGCUGCCUCGGCCGGCUUUCAGGCGGUGGAGGCCGCCUGGCUCUACGACUCCGACCUGGCGGAGCUCCAGAGAGCCAGAGAGGCUACAGGAGUGGAGGUGAUCCUCAUCAACACCCCACCCGGAGAUGUAAAGGGAGGGGAUCUUGGUCUUGGAGCAGUCCCUGGAAGAGAGGCAGAGUUCAGACAGGGUCUGGAUCUGGCUUUGAAGUAUGCACGAGCUUUGGACUGCAAAAGGAUCCACCUGAUGGCAGGGAGGAUUCCUGUGGGCUCGCACAGAGUGGCGGUUGCCAAGGAGAUGGAGGCCAUCUUUGUGCAGAACCUAACCUAUGCUGCUGAUAUCCUCUCUAAGGAAGGAAUCACUGGCUUGAUUGAACCAAUCAACACAAGGAUUACAGAUCCCAGGUAUUUUCUGGACUCUCCUCAUCAAGCAGCUGCAAUACUGGAGAAGGUUGGCAAGCCCAACAUCAAGCUGCAAAUGGACGUCUUUCACUGGCAAAUAAUGGAUGGAAACCUGACACAAAACAUACAGAAGUAUUUCCCCAUUAUUGGUCACGUUCAGGUGGCUCAGGUCCCGGGCAGGAAUGAGCCCGACAGCGGCGGAGAGCUCAGCUACAGCUACCUGCUGAAGACUCUGGAGGAGCACGGCUACCAGGGAUACAUCGGCUGUGAAUACAAGCCACGAGGCUCCACAAAGGAGGGCCUGGGCUGGAUCAGAGAUUACUGCACACACAGCCGAUGAUGAGCCCAGCUGUCCAGUCACACAGCUGUCCCUGCGUCAACGACAGGCUGCUUAUACUUUAACUUCUUCUGCUACUUCUACCGGGAGUAACACAUUUUGAUACACAAAUAAUAUAAAUAAUGAUUUAGGUACAUGUCAUACUGUAUUUGAUACCGGCAUCAACUGGCUCAAUCCAAACUUAUAUUAUAAACGUAUCCCGAUUUUUUUACAUUAGUAAGCAAAAAUCUGCAGAAAACUGCACUUCAAAAUCGGUCACUUUUUUAAUGCUGCCUUUUAUAUCCAAAUCAAUGUUUAAUUUGUUUGAUAAAAAAAACGUUGGAGAUGGGGUGCCUAGUUGUAGAGCGCUUGCCCAUAUAUAGAGGCACUUUCCUGCCUGUCAUCCCCCCCCUCUGUCUCUCCUUUCAUGUCUGAGCUGUCACAAUAAAAGCCUAAAUGCCAAAAUUUCCUUUCAUUAGUUUAAAUCCAACGAGCAGUUUGUUGGAUUUUAGCAGAGUACUGAAAGCAGCCGAUCUGAGAACACGCUCUCUGCUAUUUCUCCAAAGUUAUAUUGUUAUUGCGGUAUUUAAAAAAACAAUAUUGCAUAUUUUCCUCAUAUCCUGCAGCCCUAGAUGAAUGAACAAGUUGUUUAUUGGUGUUUAACUCUGGAAAUUAACAUCUAUUUUGCUUAAAGUAUCCCCAUCUUACAUUUCUACAUUUUUUUCUUACAUUUGAUUUUAUUUCAUUGUAAAACCGAUUCUACCAUGUCUGGAUAUUAAACCUUUUUAUUUUGAAAAAUAAAUUGUGAUAGUUAUACUAAAAUACCUUGAUGGAUUCUAUGGAACAGUAGGUGCAGAACAAGACAUGUGUUGUGAGUUACAUGAGAAGCAGACUUCAGCAGGGAAGCCAAUAAACCAAAAUAUAUAAAAUGAAUAAAAACAUUUCUCCCUGUUGCAGUCAGAUUUUCUCCCCAAAGAGGAACACAUGACGAGUGAUUUAUAGAGCAGAUAUGUAUCUUGUAGCAGACAGAACAUUUUUAUUUUAGUUGGCCAGCUUCAAGAACUGAAAAAUCCAGACUUAUAAAAUGAAACAUACUCAGUUAUCGAUGAAUGGCAAACAGCUAUAUUUAUCAGAAUGUCGUCAAUUGUGACAGUUGACUGUUUCAUGUAUUCCCCUCUAAUUAGAAAAAAGACAAUCCAUCUCAAAUAUAAAAUAUAUCUUGUGUUCAUGUUAAAAUGAUUCAAAACUUUCUCAUUCAUCCUACUGCUUUAUUUAGAAUUCCACAUACUGUAUAAAGAGUUCUGUAUAUACACAAUAUACAUUAUACAGUUCGAGGCAGUGCCUAUAUUACAGAGUCAAGAUGCUAAGGGCCAACUUGUUACAGUUCACAUUGUGCAUGAUGAAAAUCCAGUGUUUAACAUUCAGAUUGAAUUCUCCGAGCUGCGAGAACACCACUUUGCUUGUCCUUUCUUCAUUUCACAUCCACACAUACCGGUUAGCUCAAACAUUUGUUUCCCUCCAGUGGAAAUGCGCAGAAAGCUCCAGCUGCUGAGUCUGCCAUUAAAGUUACUGCAGCGCAUAUCACGCCUUCGUGUUUGUUGUGAUGUCACGGUCGUGUGUCAGGCUGGCUUCACGCCCUUGUGUAAACUGAGGUACGAUUACCCACAGCGUUGUUUCAGAAUACACAACACAGGUCAAACUCAUCACCCGCAACAUGCCUCGGAAACACUCGGCUCGGACGACACGGGGCGUGCUUUUAUGCAAAUCCUCAACGUUGACAUGACCCAUUUUCUUUUCUUAUGAAAGGCAAUUUCUGUCACUUUUAUUCCAAACUGACUCAGGCACUUUCACUGCAUACCAUCAGGAGUGUGUUUCCAAAGAUCUUCUAUGCAGAGCAGAUGGAACAUCAGCAGUAUCCCUUCAUACGUUUUGGGAAUUA